AUGCCUCAUGGGCCAGAUUCCACAGUCCCACAUACGGAGCGAAAAAAAAGGAGGUGUUUCCUCCUUAACCGGCGGCCGACGACCAAAUCGUCGUCCGGUGCCCGUCCGCCGCUGCCAUGCUACGCCUCUGGAACCGCGUGGGUGCUUACCUUCAACCCGGAACGCGUGAAAGAAUUUUUGCUACGGACAAAACAACUUGAGGUGCCUCCCACUUCGCGGAUGUUUAGGCACGCGGUUGCUGCUGUUGCCAAUAAUCCCAAAGAGAAGGUUGCUGCCAAGCUUGAGUUCUUUAACAGGACUCUCGGUUGUUCUGAGUCUGAGGUUUCCACUGCAGUGUCCAAGAUACCAGCUAUAUUAGGAUUGUCUGAUGAGAUUCUUCUCCGCAAGAUUGAGUUCCUAGUCAAUGAGGCUGCGAUGGAGCCACAGUACAUUGUUGAAAGGCCUGUCCUGUUGGCACUGAGCCUGGAGAAGAGGCUAGUGGCGCGGCAUUAUGUCAUGAAGGUCCUGCGGGAAAAGGGGCUGCUGGAUGGCAGAACAGGCUUUUACACAUUUGCUAAAUUAGGAGAGGGUGCUUUCAAAUUGAGGUUCCUGGCCUUGCAGAUGCUUAUGCUACAGCUCGUGCUGGCAGAUGGUGGAACUGCAAUUUAUGCUCAUUGGCAGAUGAGGCCUUGUGACGGCUCAUAG